AUGGCCACGACUCGCGGAGCUCGUUGCCGUCCACCCCAUCAUGCUCGCCCCUCGACCCUGACGCCCGCGUUGACCGCCAUCGCCGGCCCCUGCUCGCCGGACCGCCCUGCAGCCGCUCCUUGCCGCUACCUCCCGCUCCCCGUGCACUGCUGCGCCCAGCUCGGCACAUGUCCACCCCGACCACCGCUCGCCGGCCCUACCGCCGACCGCUGCCGGCGCCGCCUAGUCCCCUCCUCCCCGUCGCACCUGCUCCGGCCGGCCGAGGCUGUCGGCCGCGGCGCACCAGAUUCUGCACAACAGAGAAUUCAAGCAGUUUAUGUACCUGCAGACGAUUUGACCGACCCUGCCCCUGCCACAACAUUUGCACAUUUGGAUGCUACUACCGUACUUUCCAGAGGAUUAGCUUCCAAGGGUAUUUAUCCAGCAGUAGAUCCUUUAGAUUCAACCUCGACUAUGUUACAGCCUCGGAUCGUUGGCAACGAACAUUAUGAAACUGCGCAAAGAGUUAAGGAAACUUUACAACGUUACAAAGAACUUCAGGACAUUAUUGCAAUUCUUGGCUUGGAUGAAUUAUCGGAAGAGGAUCGUUUAACUGUAGCAAGAGCAAGAAAAAUUGAGCGUUUCUUAUCACAACCGUUCUUUGUGGCAGAAGUUUUUACUGGUUCUCCAGGAAAGUAUGUUGCUCUUGCGGAAACUAUUAGGGGAUUUCAACUAAUCCUUUCCGGAGAAUUAGACGGCCUACCUGAACAGGCUUUUUAUUUGGUGGGUAACAUCGAUGAAGCUAGCACGAAAGCUAUAACCUUAGAAGAGGAGAACAAAUCGCAGAAAUGAAAUUAAAUCUUUAUGUACUGACUCCUAAGCGAAUUAUUUGGGAUUGUGAGGUGAAAGAAAUCAUUUUAUCCACUAAUAGUGGCCAAAUUGGCGUAUUACCAAACCACG